AUGCCUUCCCGUCAACUCCUUUCAACCCUAAUAACCUCCCUCAGCAACACUCGCUGGACCUUAACCCGAACCCUCCGGAGCGAUAACCCCUUCGACCUAAACGGCGAGCUCCGCGGGACCGCAACCUUCACCACGCAACCCCUCACCCCUUCCACAACCGAACGCGACUGGCUGUACUGCGAAGAAGGCGAGAUACCUAGCAAUGUCGGUACAGGCGCUUUGCCGCCGGGCCUACGGUGGACAAAGAAAUACAUAUGGCGUUUGAACAGCGAUAGCGGACGCGUCAGCGUCUGGUUCGUGAAAGUUGCGCCGGGCCUGGAAGAAGCAGACUACCUAUUCCAUGACUUCGACUUCGAUUCGGACUCGAGUUUGCCGCUAGAGUCGGAAGCUGUGUCUGCACAGAAGGAUACUGGCGAAUUCGUUGCGCCGCCUAUACCACCCUCUGUCUCAACCUCCGGCAAUGAGACCAAGACUACGGUCCUCAAUGCCAGGGGAAACCAUCUCUGUAUCAAUGAUAUGUAUCGCACAGCGUAUGCAUUCCGCAUAAAUCCUGAUACUGGGGAGGUGCUUAGCUGGGCUAGUCGACAUGUUGUGCGUGGGCCAAAGAAGGGACAGGAAAUUGUUAAUCGGUAUGAGAUGGAGGUAUGA